UCCUCGGUCGUCCUAUGGUCAGCUGACCGAGCACCUCUGAGCGUCUUUAGGAGAAACAGACGAAACGAGUCAAGAAACGGGUAUUUCUGCAUUUUAUUUUCCACAGAGGGAACCGUUUACCACUCAGCCCCACUGUUAGUGGGAAAUGUUCCAGUAGGGCCGCUGCUUUUGACACAUCACCAUAAUGUCGGGGAACAACUUGGUUCUACCCAUAGUGCUCUGGGGCCGCACAGCUCCCACACAUUGCAUCAGCAGCCUGCUGGUGAUGGAUGACUUUAGCACCAUCAUCACCGGCUGCCACGAUGGACAGAUCUGUCUCUGGGACAUGACGCCUGAGUUGGAGAUUUGUCCCAGGGCAAUGCUGUUUGGUCACACAGCCUCCAUCACCUGCCUGUCUAAAGCGAGUGCAUGCAACGACAAACAGUACAUCGUCAGUGCAUCUGAGAGCGGGGAGAUGUGUCUGUGGGACGUGAAUGACGGACGCUGUAUUGAGUUCACAAAGCUGGCAUGCGCUCACAUUGGCAUACAGUACUACCAGUUCACCAUCGGCACUCAGAGGGAGGGGCGUCUCCUCUGUAAUGGCCACUACCCAGAAAUUUUGGUGGUGGAUGCCACCAGCCUGGAGGUCCUGUACUCGUUGGUGUCUAAGAUCUCUCCUGACUGGAUUAGCUCUAUGAGCAUCAUCCGAUCCCACCGCACACAAGAGGACACGGUUGUGGCGGUGUCAGUGACGGGCAUCCUGAAGGUCUGGAUCAUAACACCUGAGGUCAGCAGAAUGCAGGACUUGGACCCUGUGUUUGAAGAGGAGUCCAAACCGAUCUACUGUCAGAGUUGCCAGAGCAUCUCCUUCUGCACCUUUACUCAGAGCAGCCUGCUGGUCGUGUGCUCUAAAUACUGGAGGGUGUUUGAUGCGGGCGAUUACUCCCUGCUCUGCUCGGUGUCCAACGACAACGACCAGUCCUGGACGGGAGGUGAGUUCAUCGCCGCGGACAAAGUCAUCAUCUGGACCGAGGAUGGCUGCAGCUACAUCUACAAGCUGCCAGCCAGCUGCCUGCCUGCUAGUGAGCAUUUCCGCAGUGACGUUGGGAAAACCAAAGAAGGUUCGAUCCCUCCGCUGGUGUACAGCAUCGCUGACCGCUCAGACAAACAGCUCCUCAUCUGCCCUCCUGUGACCCGCUUCUUCUUCAGCCGGAGGGAGCCCUUCCAUAAGCUGCUGAUCCAGGGUGACUCGGCGGGCAGAAUGACCCUGUGGAGCAUCCCGGACACCUCGCCUCUGCAGCCACAGUCCACCUCCACAGAGCUGCAGGUGUCAUUCACCAUCAGCCUGCAGGAGGCGUUUGAUAAGCUGACCCCAGUGUCCUCGGGGAUCAUCGACCAGCUCAGCGUCCUGCCAGGCAAAGACGAACCCAUUAAGGUGACGGCCAGCGUCUACAUCCCCUCUCAAGGGCGCCUGGUGUGCGGGAGAGAAGACGGCAGCAUCAUCCUCGUUCCCGCCACUCAGACGGCCAUCGUCCAGCUGCUGCAGGGCGAGCACAUGCUCAGGAGAGGCUGGCCGCCUCAUCGCACCCUACGAGGCCACCGCAACAAGGUGACCUGCGUCCUGUACCCAUACCAGGUCUCGCCACGCUACGACCAGCGCUCGCUGGUGUCUGGGGGAGUGGACUUCUCCGUCAUUGUCUGGGACAUUUUCACCGGGGAGAUGAAGCACAUCUUCUGCGUCCACGGAGGGGAGAUCACGCAGCUCAUCGUUCCGCCAGAAAACUGCAGCACUCGGGUGCAGCACUGCGUCUGCUCGGUGGCCAGCGACCACUCUGUCGGCCUGCUCAGUCUCCGGGAGAGGAAGUGCAUCAUGCUCGCGUCGCGGCACCUUUUCCCCAUCCAAGUCAUCAAGUGGCGCCCGGCAGACGACUACCUGGUGGUGGGCUGCUCUGACGGCUCUGUGUACGUCUGGCAGAUGGACACAGGAGCGUUGGACCGCUGUGUGAUGGGAAUAACUGCAGUAGAGAUCCUGAAUGCCUGUGAUGAGCUGGCUCCAGCUACUGUGGAUGCUCUGAGCCACUCGGCGGUGAACCUGAAACAGGCGAUGACCCGCCGCAGCCUGGCCGCACUGAAGAACAUGGCUCAACACAAACUGCAGACGCUUGCCACCAACCUGCUGGCUGCAGACAACGCUGACAAGGGCAACUUACCAAAAUAUUCCCACAAUGCCUUGGUGGUCCAGGCGAUGAAGACCAACCUGACGGACCCUGACAUGCAUGUGCUGUUCUUCGACGUGGAGGCGGUGAUCAUCCAGCUGCUGACGGAGGAAGCUCAGAGACCGAACCCCAUGCUGGUGUCCCCGGAGACGCUACAGAAGAGCCAAGCUGGGGCCGAUAAGGGCGGGUCCUUGUUGGCUCAUAAAAUCUUCAAACAGGUGAAGGAGACCAUGAAAGAGACCAUUAAGGAGCACCUAUUAGAUGAAGAUGAGGAUGAAGAGGAGGAGAUGAGGAGGCGCGAGGAGAAGUCCAAGUCUCUGAGUCUGCUGGAGUAUAACCUGACGAUGGACACAGCCAAGCUCUUCAUGUCCUGCCUGCAUGCCUGGGGUCUCAACGAACAGCUGGACACCAUCUGUCUGGAGCGACUGGGCAUGCUCAGACCACACUGCCCUAUCUCCUUCGGCUUGAUCUCCAGAGGAGGCCACAUGUCUCUCAUGUUGCCCACCUUCAAGGAGUCUUUGCUUCGUCAGCUCUCCCUGGCGACAGGUCGGAAGCUAUCUCUGUCAGACAUAGUGGGGAAGGGGACAUAUGGUGUGUCGAGGGCUGUCACCACACAUCACCUCCUCUCCGUCAUCUCACUGGCCAACACUCUGAUGGGCAUGACCAACGCCACCUUUGUUGGAGAGCACAUGAAGAAAGCACCGGCCAGGCCUCCCAGACCAGGAGGAACCCCGGAGACUCCUCGCCGGACGCCUGCCACCCCCCCUCAGCCCUCCAACCCGGCGCUACAGGCCCAGAUCAAACAAGCUGCUGUAGCUCCUGCAGCCAACACCGGUGCUGCUGCUGCCGCCUCUGCUGGGGCUCUGGGAGCCCCUGGGGGACUCCCUCAGGGGGCUCCUGGCUACCCCAGCCCCGGGCCUGCUUCUCAUAACAUCCUCUCAGUCAACGAAGGAUGGAGCCAGCUGGCGGCCAUGCACUGCGUGAUGCUCCCUGACCUACUUGGCUUGGACAAGUUCAGACCGCCACUGCUGGAGAUGCUGGCAAGGAGAUGGCAGGACCGCUGUCUGGAGGUACGAGAAGCAGCCCAAGCUCUUCUCUUGGCUGAACUGAGGAGGAUCGGCCAGUCAGGACGCAAAGAAACCAUUGACAUGUGGGCUCCAUACCUGCCCCAGUAUGUCGACACAGUCAGCUCCCCUGGAACAACCACCGACACUCCCCCUCCAGCCCUGCCGCCACCAGAGGCUCAGCCAGUAGAAACCAAGGCUCCUGAGGAGGAAAUGGAUGUCACUGAUGAUGACAUUACAGCAGGUUGUCUGUCUAACCUCCCGCCAAACGCGAAGAAGAUCUCCAACUCUUACGAGGAGCGCCGUAAACAGGCCACUGCCAUCGUUCUUCUGGGAGUCAUUGGGGCUGAAUUUGGCGCAGAGAUCGAACCCCCAAAGGGCUUGGCCCGGGCUCGAGCUGGUGGACAGGCACCCGAAGGUUUUGGACUGACCAGCGGAGGAUCGUCCAACUACUCCCUGGCCAGACACACCUGUAAGGCCCUGACCUUCCUGCUGCUGCAGCCCGCCAGCCCCAAGCUGCCUGCCCACAGCACCAUCCGACGCACCGCCAUCGAUCUGAUUGGUCGAGGCUUCACCGUGUGGGAGCCAUACAUGGAUGUGUCGGCGGUGCUCAUGGGACUGCUGGAGCUGUGCGCCGAUGCCGAGAAGCAGCUCGCCAAUGUCACCAUGGGUUUGCCCCUCAACCCUCCAGCAGAUUCGGCCCGUUCAGCCCGUCACGCCCUCUCUCUUAUUGCCACCGCCCGGCCGCCUGCCUUCAUCACCACCAUUGCAAAAGAGGUUCAUCGGCACAACGCUGCUCAGGCGAACUCUCAGUCACAGCAGAACAUUCACACGACCACUCUGGCCAGAGCCAAGACAGAGAUCCUGCGAGUGAUCGACAUCCUGAUUGAGAAGAUGCCUGGAGACGUCGUAGAUCUUCUGGUUGAAGUGAUGGAUAUCAUCAUGUACUCUAUUGAAGGUUCUCUGGUGAAGAAGAAAGGACUGCAGGAAUGUUUCCCUGCUAUUUGCAAGUUCUACAUGGUUGGUUACUGCGACCGCAGUCACCGCAUCGCUGUCGGAGCUCGCCAAGGUUCAGUGGCCCUCUACGAUGUCCGUACAGGGAAAUGUCAGAACAUUCAUGGUCACAAAGGUCCAAUCACAGCGGUAUCAUUCGCCCCUGAUGGCCGUUAUCUGGCAACCUACUCCAGCGCUGACAGCCAUAUCUCCUUCUGGCAGAUGAACACCAGUCUGCUGGGCAGCAUCGGAAUGCUGAACUCUGCUCCUCAGCUUCGCUGCAUCAAGACGUACCAGGUUCCUCCGGUCCAGCCGGCCUCCCCAGGCUCCCAGAACCACCUGAAGCUUGCCCGUCUCAUCUGGACCUCCAACCGCAAUGUCAUUCUGAUGGCCCAUGAUGGCAAGGAGCAUCGCUUCAUGGUCUAAAUCCAAGCUGUAUUUACUACUGACAGACCUGGGCCUGGUAGGAGGUUUUUACUUUGAAGCAGACUCUAGAAAGCUACACUCUGGAUUUAUUUGGUGGUAAUUUUGGUAUUUGCAGUUCAGAUGAUAUUUUAGAGGCCAAGUCUUAGAGUUAAGAGAUUUGAAGUAUGAUCAAAACUAAUAGUUAAGGUCAAAAUCUGAAGGAAUGAUAAAAGCCCAGCUCAGGCCCAGGUUUGGACCAGAUUCGUGUUCUCAUUUUAUCUCCUGCAGUAAUCAUUGUAAGGAAAGUGACUCUGUGAUAUCUUUCAUAGGCCGUGAUAGAAGCCUUGUUUACAUGAUUUGCAUUGAUGUAUUUUUAAUCAUUUACUUUGCCAUUCCUAUUUAUUUGCCGUUGAUGCUGGAUGUCACAGACCCUCCAAACCUUUGCUGUUAAUUUAAGUCUCCUUUUUCAUUUUAUUUCAGUUCCAGUAAUUGGAUCACUUGAUUAUUAAAUGUUUUCUAUGUACGGGAGGUAUUUACUUUGGUGAUUAAACUUUGAUUAAAAUGUGUAUUUUGGGGGGUAGAAAAUGGUGAAAGGAAUUAGUUUGACCUCUGGCCUUAGGUACACUCCGACCUCUGUAAGACCAGUGCAUGCAUUUCACCUUUCAAGCUGCACAAAUGUGCGUGUGCGCAUGUGUGAGUAUUUUGUGACACCUUGGAAGCUUUUGAAACCUCUCUGGCUUCACACAGAAGUGUUUGUGUGUCUGUGUGUGUGUCUGCACCCAAGUGUAUUUUCACUGUUAAACACACAUUCUCGCUUUGGAGGUUGGAGGUGUAGCUGCUCUUACUGCAGAUAUGUAAAAGGAGACAAAUUAAUGCUAUUUUGGUCCCCUUUAAAUUUAAAUUAAGUUAGAUACAUCAUCAAUGGUUACCAGUAAUGGGUUUUUGUAGUAUUUUUUUUUAUGGCAAAGCUCAGUUUAGUUCCCAAUGCUUGGUCAUUUUUAAGAAAAAAAAAAUCAUAUUUCUUGUGUUUGUUAAUUUCACUUGUCGCAUGAACGUUUACCCCUCGUUUUGUAUGUCAACUGGUUCUUAGCUGGCUGAUCCUCAGCCUUCAGCACCUUCAUAAAGCAAAAUAUUCACUUUUUGGUCUAAAAUAUCUAAUGAAAUUCUUCUAUUUCCACCUCUUCAUAUUAUGGUUGAUCAUUCCAUUCUCUUCCACAAAGUUUCAGAGGACAUUUAUGAAUAUUUAAGAAAGGGAAAAGCUCUCCUGGAAGUUUAUAAUUUAAAGUAAACAAUUUGAGGUUUUUUUUGUUUUGUUUUUCUUUAACCAGAUUCUGUGCUUCUACGCAAAUGAUGUUGCUUUAAUUCUGACUGUUAUACCUUUAUUCUUCUGACAAUUUUUAGUAAUCCACCUCCCAUCUGACUAUUUGAAAGUUUAUCCUGUUGUUGUAUCACCAAAGUAGACAAAUUAAUAUUUUGGUCCACUUGAAAUAAUCAAACUACAAAGUUAAAUAGAUAAGUAGGUACAUCAUCGCAAAGCUCAGUUUACUAACCAUUUUAUGUGUUGAUAAGAUGAAAUUGGCCAUUUUUCAUCUUUUGCAUGGCUUCCUUUUGUUAAUCUAUGCCUUAUAAUUAAAUAACUGAGCCUUUUUGAUGUGGAAAUUUGGCUUUUUGUCUUGGAAAGAAAACAAGUGGCUAGGCAAAAUGUAGACAUUUUGAUUUAAACUCCCAGAUGAACCACAACCAUUUUUUAUUCGUCCAGUGGAAUCAUUCCUAUCACUUCCACAAAGUUUCUCUGGACUUUGUUCCUCUUUUCAAAGGCUAAAAAUUCUGGAGGUUAAUACAUUUAAAACAAAAGUUUUAAAAAGCUCAUAUUUUUCCACUGGAUUCUUUCUUUGCAGAGGACAACACUGUAUAUUUGGCAGUUGCGCGUGAAAUCGUCAUCGUCCUCUUCUUGCAAUUCACAUCUGACAUUUGAAAUAUAUCUAUGACUAUAAAUGUGUCCAUAUUCAGCCAACAUAUCCUCAGAGCCAUUGUGCAUAUGUGUGUAUGUAGGCUGUUCAUGUUGUAUAGUGAUCUGAGCAUCUGUCCUGUUUUGUAUGUAUUGUGGCUAAUGUGGCAAAUUUCCACUUUUCCAGUUCACAAUUUCCAGUCCAUUUUCAAGCCUCUGCCAGCAGUUUUUUUUUUGUUUUGUUUUUUUAAACCACGAAUCACUUCUUUUAGAAAAUGUGCUUUACCUAUUGGUUAACAAGAAGGACCAAAUUUAUUUAGGAUAAGUUAAAAGAGCCAAAAUGGAAAAGUUUUCUUAUGACACUAAAAAUACAUGAUGCAGAGAUACAUUUAUAUUUAAAAUGCUGCUAUCAUUCUAGAUUUACCUUGUUUGCCCCAAGCCAAGUACAACCAUCACCUCUUAGGAGGAAGAUGAUGAAAUUUAACAAUAGCAAACUAGCAGAAGUUGCACAUUCUGCAGGGGGAUAAACAAACUCCACGGUGUUGGUACAUGAUUACAUCAAUGUUAGGGGUGCUUAGAGAUGCAGCAAAGGACAUUUCCAACGGCAAAAUUUUACCAUCAGGUUCUUGAGCUCUGUUCUUUGUGGUUGAUGACACAUUUUUGCACAUUAUUACUUAAAAAAAAUGUAACUGUUUUAGUACUCAGUUUUAUUCAGAAAGUGGAUUCUAUAUAUAUAAAUAUAUAUGUUAAAUAUAUAUAUUUAUAGUGUUUUCUGUCAGUUGUACUGGGCUUAGAUUUUUGUGACUCUUGCAAAAUGCUCAAACUUGCUUUACUUCUAUUUUCUCCACUCGUCAUUCUCCUCUCUCCAGCUCCUGUCAGUUUCAUUAGUGCAGUCAGAAAGCUUCUAACACCGAUACACACCUGUAAACCCGGGCGUGUCAAAGCUUUUCACAAGUUCCUCCAGCAUUUCGUCAGACGGCUUCUUUUUGAAAACACGCACACACAAACAGUCCACCAGGUCCUGACAGCUUUGAGAUCUUAAUCUUUCGUUUUCUCCAGCACACUUAACAGUUUGAAAAAAUAUGUUUUUGGCAGCCUCUCGAGGGAGGAAGGGUGAGGAAAAAUGAAGGAGGCAGAGAGGAAGAGCUGAGGAGUAAAUAACAAGUGAAGAAGAUCAGGUCAUCCAGCCAGAAAAAGAGGUUCUGCUGUGAAGGUAGUGAACCAAAAUGGUUAGAACCUACUGGGGAUUUUUCUUUUUUAAACACACGAGGUACAUUUGCUGGAAAUAUCCAAACUGGAGAUGGUAAAACUCAUCUUUACCCAGAUGUUUACAACAAAGUGAAGCAGUCUUGUUACUUUAAUAUAGAAAUUCUCCCAUAUUCUGCUUAUAUUUUCUUCUUCUUGUACAGCCGAACACCUGCUUUCUUACUUGCAGUCUACACUAAACGAAAUCGGUGUUUCUUACUCAUUUUAGUUUGAUUGUAUUUAUUGUUUACAGAGUGUGUGAUGUAUUGCAUGUAUGAGCUUAACGUGAUGUAACAGAACAGGUUGAUUCUACUGUGCAUCCUAUAAAUCUGCUGUGUAAAACUGUGUUGUCAUCAUGUCCAAUAAAGAUGAAAAUGUGA